AUGGGAGAGCCUGUCAAAGUAUUGGUCAUCGGGUCCGUGCUCGGUGAGCUACGCGGGUUCGUCGACAAGGUCCAGACUCUGGACGGGAAAUACGGACCAUUUGCAUUUAUACUCUGUCUUGGGGACUUCUUUGACAACUCAGAUGAUCACCCAAGCGUCGAUGAACUCCUCGGCGGCUCCAUUCAUGUGCCUAAAACGACGUAUAUUAUGGGAGGAGAACACAAGCUACCCCAAAAAAUACUGGAAAAGGCCGCGCAAACUGGUGGGGAGCUCGCACCAAACAUUCUCCUGCUAGACAAAGCAACUGCACCUUCGAAUCAUUUUACAUCAUCCGACGUCCGCAAAUUGCUCUCCCACCCUUCAAUUACAAUCCCAAAAUCGCAACAAAACCCCAAUUCGCUCGCCGCAAUGAAAGCCUCAUCGACUACGACCAAGAUUGACAUUCUUCUUACCCACGUCACUCCCGCAUCGUUGACGUUGCACACGCCGAACAUGCCACCAUCAUAUCCAGACCGCGUCUCACCCCAGUUGGACGACAUAGUACGUGCUGCGAUGCCACGAUAUCAUUUCGUCUCCGGGGCUGGUAUGUUCUGGGAACGUGAACCAUUCCCUUGGCCGGAUGCUGCAGAUUCCGGACGGUGUACACGGUUUUUGUCAAUUGGUGCAUUUGGAGGACAAAUUCCCGAAGGACAGAAGCGACCAAGGUGGAGCUACGCCUUCACUAUCACACCGGUUACUCCGAAUACGCAUCCUGUGUCUCUUCCGCCCAAUAUCACAUUCAAUCCCUACAUUCCACACCAGGCAGUCGAAGGAUUUAUCGCGACGAAGCCACCGUCGCCGCAGGCCCAGAAGCGUGCCUUGGAUGAUUCUGGCGAGCAGUUUCGAUGGUCACAUGAGGGCAGAGAAGGGCCAAAACGAAGAAAGAAAGAGAAUUUACAGGCAAAUGGUUUACCAGAAGGAUAUGUUUGCAGAAUAUGCCAGUCAACAGAGCAUUCAAUUAAGGACUGCCCGGAGCGUUCAAAGCCGCCAGAAGGAUAUAUCUGCAGACGGUGCCAACAGUCUGACCACUUUAUUCGCGACUGCCCAACAAAGGAUGAAAAAGGCGACACUGGCGGGCGAAAGCCACCUCCCGGAUACGUUUGUCGAGCAUGCGGAAGUGAAAACCAUCUGAUCGAUGACUGUCCGGAGGUUGUCAAAGGGCGGCAUGAACGUGAGCAAAGGAGGCACAAAGGACCUGCAAAGGAAAUUACAGCCGAUGAAUGCUGGUUCUGUUUAAUGAAUCCGAAGCUUGCAAAACACUUGCUGGUGUCUCUUGGAGAAGAGUGCUACUUGUCGCUUCCCAAAGGCCAGCUCCCAAUUACGUCUUCGAAGGAUCCAAAGAUCAAAGAGCUCUUCCCUGUACCAGGCGGUGGACACAUACUUAUCAUUCCAAUCAGCCAUAGACCAACACUUCGCUCGCUACCUCCUUCAGAGGCUACAAGUACAUUGAACGAGGUUGAAAAAUAUAAGACUGCCCUCACCUCGUUCUUUGCGACCUAUGGCUGCAGUCCUAUCUUCUUUGAAGUCGCUAAGCGCAUGCUCCAUGGAGUGCACGCGCAAUUGCACACAUUGCCCAUCCCAAACUCGAUACCGCUAGAAGAAGUCGAACAAGCACUGGUUCAAACCGGAAAGCAAACUCGUAUCGAGCUUUUAGAAGAAGACCUUGGAGAGACGACGGACAAUUAUAUGCAAAUCGAAUUGCCUGGAGGAAAGCGGUUGGUACACAUUAUGGACGAUGGGACUCGAUUCCCAUUGCAGUUUGUAAGGAUGGCGCUUGCGAGUCUGUUUGGAGUACCGGACCGGGUGGACUGGAAGAGUUGCGUCGAGUCGGAAGAGAGAGAAAAGGAAGAGGCUGAGCAGUUUAAGAGUGCUUUCCGUUCGUUUGAUCCAUUCUUGUAG